AUGAAAGAGCAAGAGCAACUCAGGAAAGAUAUUUCCCGUAUCUUUUCUAUCUUUAAAGCCAGUGAAUGUCAGUUGAGACCUCACUUCAUUCUGACUGGCGAAAGUGGUACUGGAAAAACCUUUUUAAUUAAGUCUCUGGCUGACCAGCAUAAGAUGGACUACAUCGAAAUUAAUGCUGCUCAGCUAACCAAAGAAGGCUUAUCGGGUAAUAGCUUAAGCAAAGCUUUAGCUCCUUUACGUCAAGCCAAUGGUAAUCCUGUUAUUUGCUUUGUAGAUGAAUUCGACAAGUUAUUCAUCGCAGGCAAUAACAAUAGUGAGUUGGCCCAUGAAUCUACCAAUGGAGUUCAGAAUGAAUUCCUGAAGGUUCUGGAAGCUGAGUGUACCUCAGUGUUUGGCGACUAUGGCAAGUAUGUGGACGUACCUGUAAGUAACGUUCUGUUUGUCUUUGCCGGAGCAUUCAAUGGAGAGCCAGAUAUUACUCUGGAUAAGCUCCGUAGCUUUGGUGUGAAGACUGAGUUCUUAGGCCGUGUUGGUUUGGUAUACAACACUGUCAAAGUCAGUCUGGAGUCUUUAAUUAAUAUACUUAAAGGCUCAUCUACUCUCUCAAUGUAUCUGGAUUUAUUCCCAGAAGUUAAGAGAGAUAAAGCUGUCUCUGAUAUCUCAGCAUUUAUCAAAGAUAAUUAUGAGAUGAAUACGUUAGGUAUUCGUAUGGUUAAUACGUUAAUUACUCAGUAUUUCAUUCAGGACGGUAAGCUUUCCCGAGAUGAAGUCAAAUCCAGUACUUUCCAAAACAAACUUAAGUUUGGUGAGUAA